GGGGAACUUGUCCCUUGGUCGGAUCCAGCAAUCUUAGCACUUGCCAAAUUAAGCGGUUCUACUGACUGUAAAACUUGGGCUGCCAAAUCAGAUUCCACCGAGGUCCCAGCGUCCACACUCUAGCACCGUGCCCAUGGACGACCAUCAAAGGAAGAGAAGGCAGCAAAUCAACAAUACCUCACGGAUCCAGAGGAGAAAGCCCUGGUUAUCUACAUGUUGCGCACGACUAAAAAUGGCUAUCCCUUACUAGUCAAAUCCUUACGAUCGUUGGCUCUACUCAUCGUUCAGCAGCGUAGCUCGAGUUCCCACGUCCCCGCCAGCAGUGCCGUUGCUAAACCACCUGGCCCCAGUUGGUCCCGAAGCUUCUACAAACGACAUCCAGAGGUCAGAGCCAGAGGGCUGAAACCCGUGGACUGUAAAAGGCACGAUUAUAAUAUUCGUAGUAAAGUUGAAGAGUGGUUCAGCGUGAUUGGACCGGAGCUCCAUAAUCCUGUGACUGACCCUGUAAACGUCUAUAAUAUGGAUGAGACAGGAGUCAUGUUGAGCGUCCCCAACUUGUUGAAAGUCUUGGUAGGUAAGGAUGACUAUAGAAAUUCUAGAGGAGCAAGGGUGAAGCGGACAUUAGUCACGGCGAUUUAAUGUAUCUCGGCAGACGGUAGGUCUCUCCGGAAAUCCACUCAUCUGGCCAGCUGCCACACAUCGCAGCACCUGGACCACUUACCCCACUCCUGGAUGGCAUUUUGCUCGCUCCAAAUCCGGAUACACCGAUAGUGUGAUUAGUCUGUACUAGGUUUCAGCAUGUCUUCGACCCUGAGACUAAGGCUUAGGCCGGGAACAAGCCACGCCUUCUCAUUAGU